UUUCUAGUCGAGUAUAUGAGAUCAACUUGAACGUGUGUUCUUGCGCCUUGGCCAUGCAGAAACAGAUGAGCAGUUGCAAAACAUUAUUUCCAAAUUCCUCCCUCCAGUUCUCCUCAAGUUGUCCAGCACACAGGAAGGAGUUCGUAAAAAGGUUAUGGAGCUGCUGGUCCAUCUGAACAAGCGCAUCAAAAGUCGCCCAAAAAUCCAACUUCCAGUGGAGACACUACUUGUGCAAUAUCAGGAUCCUUCUGCAGUGUCUUUUGUCACUAAUUUUACCAUAAUUUAUGUUAAGAUGGGAUACCCUCGCUUGCCUGUGGAGAAACAAUGUGAAUUGGCUCCAACUCUACUCACUGCAAUGGAAGGGAAACCUCAACCUCAGCAAGAUAGCCUAAUGCAUCUUCUAAUACCAACCCUUUUUCACAUGAAAUAUCCUGCUGAACCACUGAAAGCAGCAGCUUCCCCAUUCAAUCUUGCUGAAAAACCAAAGACUGUACAGCUGCUUUUGGACUUUAUGUUGGAUGUCCUUCUUAUGCCUUAUGGGUAUGUAUUGAAUGAAUCUCAGACUCGACAAAACAUGCCCUCAACACAGGGCUCUUCAUCCAGUAUUAACAUGGCAGGUCCUGGAAUCCCUCAGCCUCCUCCAGGGAUGAGCUUCUAUGCAGCUAAAAGGGUAAUUGGCGAUAGCCCGUGGACACCAGAGCAGCUGGAGCAGUGCAAGCUGGGGAUUGUGAAAUUCAUUGAAGCUGAGCAGGUGCCUGAACUCGAAGCUGUUAUACAUCUGGUUGUAGCCUCCAGUGACACAAGACACAGUGUUGCCACUGCAGCAGACCUUGAAUUGAAAAGCAAACAAAGUUUAAUUGACUGGAAUAAUCCUGCUAUCGUCAACAAAAUGUUUAAAGUGUAUCUUGGGGAUAUACCACUGAAAACCAAAGAGGGAACUGUUCCGAAGCCAGAAAUGAAACGAGAAUCGGUCAGCACUCGAGUUAAAUUGAAGAUCGUUCCUCAUCUCCUGCGAUCUAGACAAGCUGCAGAAACGUUCCCAGCCAAUAUUCAGGUGGUCUACGAUGGACUCUUUGGUGCAAACACCAAUACAAAACUGAGAAGUUUAUCCUUGCAGUUUGUGCACCAUAUUUGUAUCAUUUGUCCAGAAAGUAAAAUAAAACCAUUAGGCCCAAUGCUUUUAAAUGGACUUACAAAGCUGAUCAAUGAAUACAAAGAGGAUUCCAAACUGCUGUCAAUGGCAUAUUCAGCUGUUGGAAAACUUUCCAGCCGAAUGCCUCAGCUCUUUACCAAGGAUAUAGCACUGGUGCAGCAGUUUUUUGAAGCUUUAUGCAAGGAAGAGGCUGACACCAGGCUUGCCAUUCAGGAGGCCUUGUCUAUGAUGGUUGGAGCAUAUAGUAACUUGGAAGGAGCCCAACGUACUCUGAUGGAAGCCCUUGUGGCUUCCUAUCUAAUAAAGCCUGAAGUUCAAGUACGUCAAGUGGCUGUGAAAUUUGCUAGCACGGUGUUCCCUUCAGAUCAUAUCCCUUCCAGAUACUUACUACUCUUAGCUGCUGGAGACCCGCGGGAAGAGGUACAUGGAGAGGCUCAGAGGGUCCUGAGAACAUUUCCUGGUAAAAACGAGAAGGAGAGUGCUGGGAAGCAGAUGCCCUCCUUCCCUGAAAUGGUCCAUUACAUCCAAGAUAAGGCCUCUCAGCGAAUGAAAACUCCAGCUAAAUACAUGACUGGAACUGCAGCCUUGCCUUUCAAUCCUGCAACAUUUGGGGAGAUAGUCCUGUACCUACGGAUGUGUCUGGCGCACAGUGCCGGUGUGGUGCCAACUUCCCAGAGCUUGGCAGAUAUGCAAGAUCAUGCUCCAGCUAUUGGGCGGUACAUAAGAAACCUCAUGUCUGGCGACCACAUAUCCUUCUCUUCCUCCUCCUCUUCAAAAACUGGAGAGACCAACCCUGUGCAUAUAUAUGUUAGCCUUCUUCAGCAGCUAUUAUCUGCAGUUGGAGGUUUGCCAGUCAUGUAUUGUCUCCUGGAAGUGGUUUCCGUGUAUCCAGAAAAACUAGCCGCCAGAUUUAUAGAUAAAAUGGAUUGGAUAAAGAGCCUGAUGAACACAAACAAAGAAGAAAUGCGUGAGCUUGCAGCCUUGUUUUAUUCUGUAGUGCUGUCUACAAUGUCUGGAGAUGAGCUUAGGGCCUCUGUAGAGCAGCUGAUCAAGAUGACAAAAGACAAUCAUAGCCCGGAGGUCCAACAUGGCUCCUUGUUGGCUUUGGGAUUUACAGUAGGAAGGUACUUGGCCAAAAGGAAAAUCAGAACAAUGGAGCUCCACGACAUAGAGCCACCAAACACUGCAGUCAUUCCGGAACAAGAACAGCUCAUAAAGUCGACAACAGAAACAAUAGGUUCUUUCUUGGACAGCACCUCACCCUUCCUUGUGAUGGCUGCUUGCACAGCUCUGGGGGAGAUUGGCAGGAAUGGUCCCUUGCCAAUUCCCAGUGAAGGUGCAGGGUUUACAAAGCUGCAGCUUGUGGAAAGCUUACUGGCUCGAAUCCCUUCCAGCAAGGAAACAAACAAGAUGAAGGAACGAGCAAUACAAACAUUAGGUUACUUUCCAGUUGGAGAUCAAGAUUUUCCCCACCAGAAGCUACUGUUGCAAGGUUUGAUGGAUUCUGUGGAGGCCAAACAAAUAGAACUGCAGUUCACUGUUGGUGAAGCUAUUACCAGUGCUGCUGUAGGCACCAGCUCAGUGGCUGCACGUGAUGCAUGGACAGUCACAGAAGAGGAAUAUAUCCCUCCUCCAGAUUUGAAAGUGAAUGAUGUAGUUCCAUGGGUUCUAGAGCUUAUUUUGAACAAGCACAUUAUCAGCCCCAACCCACAUGUCAGGCAGGCAUCCUGCAUCUGGCUUCUGUCAAUGGUGAAGAAGCUGAGCGUACACAAAGCAAUUAAGUCUCAUCUCAAGGAUAUUCAAGGUGCAUUUGUUUCAAUUCUGUCAGAUAGCGAUGAACUUAGUCAAGAUGUUGCUUCAAAAGGUCUUGGACUGGUAUAUGAGUUAGGAAGUGAACAGGAUCAGCAAGAGCUAGUCACCACACUCGUUGAUAACCUGAUGACUGGGAAAAGAGCUAAACAUGAAAUGACUGGAGAAACUGUGGUGUUUCAGGGUGGCCUGAGCAAGACUCCAGAUGGUCAAGGUCUUUCUACUUACAAGGAGCUUUGUUCACUGGCUAGUGAUCUUAAUCAACCAGAUCUGGUGUACAAAUUCAUGAAUCUGGCCAACCAUCAUGCCAUGUGGAAUUCACGGAAGGGAGCAGCUUUCGGUUUCAACGUGAUAGCCACCAAGGCAGGAGAACAGCUGGCUCCAUUUUUGCCACAGCUUCUUCCACGACUCUACCGGUACCAGUUUGACCCUAACCUUGGCAUUCGACAGGCAAUGACCAGCAUUUGGAACGCCUUGGUCACAGACAAGUCCAUGGUUGAUAAGUAUAUGAAGGAAAUUCUUGAAGACUUGAUCAGCAACUUAACCAGCAAUCUCUGGAGAAUCAGGGAAUCCAGUUGUCUAGCACUGAAUGAUUUGCUAAGAGGAAGACCUUUGGAUGACAUUAUAGACAAACUUCCAGAGAUCUGGGAAAUCCUGUUUAGAGUGCAAGAUGACAUUAAGGAGUCUGUACGAAAAGCAGCAGAACUAGCUCUGAAAACUUUAAGUAAGGUCUGUGUGAAAAUGUGUGACCCGUCUAAAGGAGCAGCAGGUCAGAAGACGGUAGCUGUUUUGCUCCCAUGCCUCCUAGACAAAGGAAUAGUAAGCACGGUCACCGAAGUCCGAUCUCUCAGCAUUAACACUCUUGUGAAGAUCAGUAAAAGUGCUGGAUCUAUGCUGAAACCUCAUGCACCAAAACUUAUCCCAGCCCUGCUGGAGUCUUUGAGUGUGCUGGAGCCUCAAGUUCUCAAUUACUUGAGUCUUUGUGCGACAGAGCAGGAGAAAACUGCAAUGGAUAAUGCCAGGCUUAGUGCUGUAAAAUCAUCUCCCAUGAUGGAAACAAUUAACAUGAGCUUGCAGUACCUGGAUGUGUCCAUCCUGGGCGAGCUGGUUCCUCGGCUCUGCGAACURAUCAAGAGUGGAGUUGGCCUUGGCACGAAGGGAGGCUGUGCCAGUGUAAUUGUGUCAUUAACCACACAAUGUCCCCAAGACUUAACACCUUAUUCAGGCAAACUAAUGAGUGCUUUGCUCAGUGGCUUGACUGAUCGUAACAGUGUGAUACAGAAGUCUUUUGCCUUUGCUAUGGGGCAUCUCGUCCGGACUUCCCGGGACAGUAGCACUGAGAAAUUGCUGCACAAACUCAGCAGUUGGUACAUGGAAAAGGAAGAGCCAGUUUACAGGACAGGCUGUGCUUUAACUGUACAUGCCAUGGGACGCUACAGCCCAGACGUGGUGAAGAACCAUGCCAAACACAUCUUGCCACUCGCUUUCCUUGGCAUGCACGAGGUCUCUGAUGAAGAGAAAGGCGAGAAAGAGGAUUCUGCUCUGUGGACUGAAGUUUGGCAGGAGAAUGUACCUGGUACUCAGGGUGGUGUCAGGCUGUACAUGCAGGAGUUGAUAGUGAUUACACAGAGAGCGCUGCAGUCCCAGUCCUGGAAGAUGAAGGCCCAGGGAGCAGCUGCCAUGGCAUCGAUUGCCAAGCAGACGGGCUCCCUGGUGCCACCACACCUGGGAAUAGUGCUGUCCGCCUUGCUGCAGGGCCUGCCCGGGAGAACGUGGGCUGGAAAGGAGGAGCUGCUAAAGGCUAUUGCCAGUGUCGUCUCAACGUGCAAUGCAGAGCUGCAGAUGUGUGUUCUUGGCCAGCCCAGCGUGGGCGAGGUGGUGCAGGCCCUGCUGAAGGAGUGUCGCAAGGAGAAGGUGCAGUACAAGCUGGUGGCUCUGCGCUGCGCCGCGGAUGUGCUGCAGGCCACGGAGCAGGACCACUUCCAGGACCUGGCAGAGAUCCUCUUCCCCAUGAUAAAGAAGAACUCUGCUGAGAGCACAGGCAUGGGAUCACCAAAGCAUGAGGAAGAAGAUGAGGACAUGAGGGAGAAGGAGAUGCAGAUGGAGUCCCUGAUCUGUGCCUUCGAGUGCCUGGGCAAAGCCUGGCCAAGGAGCCUGGAAACGCAGCGUUGCUAUCGACAAGAAUUUUGCAGGUUGAUGUGUGAGCGUCUGAAGCUCAGUACGUGGAAGGUGCAGCUUGAGGUGCUCCAGGCCAUGAAUUCAUUCUUUAAAGGGUUAAUGCUGUUCGAUGAGGAGCACUCGGAUCCCGAGGCUUUGGCGGGAAUAUUGUUGGAAACCUGCUCAUCUAUCACCUAUUCUUUAGAAAACAAAAGCUACACAUCCAUAAGAACAGAAGCUUUGUCCGUGAUAGAGCUGCUGUGCUCCAAGCUGAGUGAGGCUAAACAGUGGGGAUGCCUGGCACCAGAAAGCAGAGACCGCCUCAUUUGCUCCUUAUCCGCAAUGGCAUCAGACAGCAGGCCCGAGCUGCGGGAGAAGGCCUUUACACUGAAGAAAACACUUGAAAAUAUUGACUAAAUUGUAAACGCAAACUAUAGAAGUGCCAUGUAAAACAAACAAAAAAAAGUGCAGUGGUCUGAAAGCCAAGUGGGAAAGUGAAGAUUACUCUGUAGCAUGCAUCGUUUCUGGCCAAAAUAAAAAAUGCCUUAAAUUCUCUUCCCCAUUAUUAUUAUUAUUCCCYUAUUUUUGCUCUUUUUAAGCUACCCAGGUAGUUAUAUAUCAGUGAAUACCUCUAGCGAUCGCCCUAGAAUGCUUGCAAGCGUGCAGCACGAAGCGGCGCUCAGGGCGAGACGCCUGUGUGAUUUUUUUCUUUAUUUAAAUAGGCAAAAGAAUGUUGCUCAGAUCCCCUCUGUCCCAAAGAGAUGGUUGGAAACCGGGAGCAGGGCCCCAAGAAGCAGGAGGGAUCCUGCCGGGUGCCGCGUCCCUCUGGCCCCGGGAUCGGAUCCAGUGCCAGCCCUGAUCCYGGCCGUGCCCGGAGCCCCCCAGGCUCUCCCUGCUCCUGCGGGGCCUUGGGAGGUUCCUUCGGGGAACGUUUGCUUCUCCUCAAGGGAUGCACAAGAGAGCACUUUAUGGAGCGCUGCGGGACACGUGGCCGGCUCUGCUCGGGUCCCGGCGGAACACUGCUCUUCUCAGCGUUGUUUUGCAUGGACACUCCUCAGCUGCAGGAAAAAAUAUAGGGAUAAAUAAGUAAAAAGCAGUCUUUUCUAGAUAUGUUUUUGAAGAUUGUUCGGAGUUUGCGAUGAUACAUCUUUUGAUAGUAGUAAUCUUUCUUUUCUUCUUCAUGUUUGUAGCCCUGUUCUUGCUUUGGAAGCCUGUAGUGACUUAGACUCGUCAGUGUUUGUAACAAACUGAAUCAUCUGUCAUUUCACAGCAGCCCGAUCCAUACUGGUUUCUACUUCCAAACUUGCACUUAGGAGGAAGGAACCUACCUGCAUUAACUUGGAGUGGAAUUCCCAGGUGGUGACGUGGCCGGGCCCGCGCGUCCGCUUCUGCUUCCUUGGGCGACAGACCCGGCGCUACCAGCAGGCGCCCGGCGGGGUGCCGGUGCCGCCGUGCCCAGCCUGGCCUGUGCGUGUAAGCUGUSGCCUGUUCAGCUUUCCUGGGCUCGCCGGUGGUGACGUGGAACGCCGUGUUGGCAACGGCACCCCCGUGGCUCUCAGCAGGGAAAGGUUCGCUCCUUGCUCGUGGUGCCGGCUGCUCCGGCCUGCCGUGGAGCCGAGCAUCACUCGGAUAGGAUUCCCAAGGGAUCCCCGGGACGCUGGGAUGGAAUUCCCAGGAGAUACCUGGUAUACCGGGAUGGGAUUCCCAGGGGAUACCCAGGAUGCUGGGAUGGAAUUCCCAGGAGAUACCCGGUAUACUGGGAUGGGAUUCCCAGGGGAUACCCGGGACACCGGGACGGGAUUCCCAAGAGAUUCCCAGGACCCCGGGAUGGGUUUCCCAGGAGAUUGCCGGGAUGCCAGGAUGGCGUUCGCCCGCUCCAUGCCCAUCCGUCCCAUGCACCGGCCUUUUCCUCCAAUGCCAUUUCCCAUCCAGUAUUUUCUAGUACUGUAACUGUAU